CGAUGUUUUAUGAUCUGUAUCCAUUUUAUGUUCUUUGUAUCGAAGCGGGCAGAUCCUAGAAAUAAUGAAUUCAUGUAAUUUGCUGUAGAUGUCGCCACUCACUUCGAAAUGAAAAUUCUAUCGCCAAGGCACAGAUUGCCAAGGCGUCUUAUCCAAAUCUACUGAAAUCUACCGACGAAAAUUCAUCUUCUGCAAUUUUUCAAUUUGUGUUGAAAAUCUACAAUCUACCGCAUGUGGUCACCCCGCACCAAUCCCAUUUUGUGGUGCGAACAAAAUACACAUUUAUUUUAAACAUUAGAAACUAAUCAAUAGAAAAAAUAAACUACUUUCAUUCACGGGAAGCACAAGACACCACAAUAAUUUAUGAAAACAGCUGACGGGACUUUGUUUUUGUUUUACCAUCCGGCUUAGUUUCAAUAUGUCCGGUAGAUGUAUCUGGAAUUCGGGACGAUGAAGUUCCCAAUUGCAUAAAAGAGAUUAUAUUGGUUAUAUCGCAGAUGUUAUAUGAUAAUCAAAACUUGUUUUUUUCAGAAAAGAAAUUUCUCGAAGCUCAGUAAAGACUUGAAAUAUCUAUGUGAUUAUGUUUUCCAUGAUUUCAAAAUUAAAAUUUUGAAGGCUACUUCUCCCACCAAUAGGAAAAUAAGAAAUUCCUCAACAGUUAUGCAAUGAAAUUUACAAAUCAAACAUUCAACUUUCGACCUAACAGCUUGGAGAAAGUUGUAGCAUACUGUCCUUGUUUUCAGUUUGUCGAAUUAUUUCUGAAAGGAUAGAGUGUAAAUGUGCUUUUGUAAGGGGGCCUACCAAAAUGAUAUUCCUAAUAGGUUGUUCAGUAAUAAUUGUCAUUACAAUUAUUUCUAUUGCUAGAUCAAAGAAAUCUCUGAAAACGAUUUUGGCAGAAGCAAAAAAUGAAAUUUUAUACAAUUUCAUUGGAUCUAGAGCCAUAGUUCAAGAUGUAAUAAUGAGGGGAAAAAACAAAACAGAACUACCAAUCAAAUGUGGAAAAGUGGCUGUUAUCACUGGAGGCACAAGGGGAAUUGGAUUGGAAGUGAUAAGAAUGCUUCUGAAAUGUGAUAUCCAUGUAGUAGUGGGUUGUAGGAACACCCAGCAAGGAGAAAUGCUUCUUGAUUCCUUCAGAAAAGAUGGCAUUGAGAAGGGCAGUAUAGACGUUAUUAAACUAGAUAUAAGUGUUAUGGAUUCUGUUAAAAACUUCGCCAUGAAUGUUAGAGAAAAGUAUCCAGAAGUUCACUAUUUAAUCAAUAAUGCUGGAAUUAUGUUUGGCCCUCAUAUUGAAACAAGGGACGGUUACGAAUCUCAGUUUGCCACAAACUAUUUGGGACAUUUUUUUCUGACACAUUUACUCCUUCCUCAGUUGAAAGCUGGAGGAAAAGCAAAGGAAAUGUCAAGAAUCGUCAAUGUAUCAUCCUGUGCACAUAUGGUGGGACGAAUAAAUUUUGACGACAUCAACAGCAGGCAUAAUUAUAUUGCUGGAGAAGCUUAUGCUCAGUCCAAACUAGCUCAGGUGCUCUUUAGUAACUAUCUUGACAGUCAGUUGAGACAAGAAGGAGUUUUUGUACAAGCUCAUUCAGUACACCCAGGAGUUGUCAACACAGAACUCUUCAAUGGUACACACGUGAAGAAUUUGACCCCAUGGGUACCUUCGUUAUUAUUUAAGAGUCCGGAAAAGGGAGCCAUCCCCAUAGUGCAUGCUUGUCUCUCGCCUCGUCUUGAAGGCAAAGGGGGAACCUACAUUCACAACUGUAAAAUAUUCGCCGCUAGCAAUGCAGCAAUGUCUGCAGACCUCCAAGAGAAAUUGUUUGAAUUUACCAAAACAUUACUAGGCAUUGAUAAAUUUGGUGCCAUUGACAAUAAUAAUGAUAGUCAAAUGGCGGCUGCAGUGUAGUUCAAUCGAUACGAGUCAAUGUUAUUGUUAUUUAUCAUUUAAAUUAGACCUGUGAGAAGCAAUUAGUCAAAACACUCAGUUGAACGGCAUUGUUUUCUUUUGUUCCUCAGGUGAUGUUAUGAAGAUUUUUUCUAAUUUAUUUACUACUUAAACUAGGUUUGUUGUAAAGAAAAUUCCGUUAAGUGCUGACCAAGUUUCGAUAAACUAAUGAAACUACAAUGGGGAACUGAACCUUUCUGUGGUGGUGUGAAAUUUACCCACUGAAAUCUUCAGCAUGAUCCCUCUCCAGUAUUUGUUAACAAAACAAAUAACAAAGUAUACCAAAACGGAAUCAAAGUAUCCCAAAACCGAAUUGAUGUUCAGAUUUUACUAGUCAAAUAUGUAUUUUUUUAUUAUGAGAAUAUUCAAAGUGACAGAGACCUGCACUAGAGGUCAGCAUUCUUCAUUAUGGUUGAGGUUAGAUGUCAUUGAGUAGUUAUGGAUAUAUUCUAUUUUUAUUUUACCCCAGUUAUUUUUGUAAUUUUAUAAUAAAAAUUUAUAAACAUU